GAACAAACGAGAGAUAAAACAAAAGUAGCAGAGAAAAGGAAAAGAAACAGAAAAGAGAGCAAAUCGAAAAACCCAAACAGAGCUGCCCCCUUCCUUCACCUGUUCAAUCAUCCCCCAAAGGUCCUCAUUCUCAUCCUCAACUCUCUCAAGAGGGCUCUUUAUUACGAGUAAUACCCGUCUGCGCUCAACAAAGAGACUGGUUUGACAAGAGCUUCCUUAAGGAUCUCCCGUCUCCGCUUUCAGUCUGCUGUGUUGUAAACGCUAUCACCUGAUUGUUUUUCUCUUCCACACCACUCUUUCCCCCUAAUUUUUUACCAACACCAAAAGAAACAUGGCGCAGUCUAAGUAUGACUAUACUCCCGAGAAAUUCGCGACCUUUCCUCAGUGGGCGCGGAGGCAGUUGUUCGAACAUCCCCGCCCUGUGACCGGUGUCGACCUGUCGGGCAAGACAGCCAUCGUCACAGGUGCCAACCAAGGCAUCGGCUUUGAGAUUGCCGAUCAGCUCAUCACCCUGAACAUCAGCAAGCUCAUCAUCGGCGCCCGCGAUGAAGCCAAGGGCCAGGCGGCUGCCGACAAGCUGAAGGCCCAGCACAAGAGCGCGAAGACCGACAUUGAGGUCUGGAAGCUGGACAUGCUCGAGUACGACAGCGUCACCAGCUUUGCCACGCGCGCGAGCCAGCUAGAGCACCUCGACCUCGUCAUCCUCAAUGCUGGCAUCUACAGGAUCAAGUUGACCAUCAACCCCUCCACCGGCAAUGAGGAAGACAUACAGACCAACUACCUCUCCACCGUCCUGCUGACAGUGCUGCUCCUGCCCACCUUGCAGGCCAAGAAGCGCUCGCCUGAGUCGCCGGGUCGCCUGACCAUCGUCUCGUCCGACACGGCCGGCAUGACCCACUUUGUCGAGCGUGACGCAGACCCGCUGCUGGGCGCCCUUAAGGACACCAGCGGCAAGUGGAAGUGGGACAUGCAGGAGCGCUAUGGCACGUCCAAGCUGCUGGGCCAGCUGUUCCUCACCGAGCUGGCCAAGCGCGUCCCAACCUCGGUCGCCAUCAUCAAUGCCGGCUCGCCCGGGCUCUGCGCCGGCUCUGGCCUGUCCCGCGAUGCUGCCGGCACCUUUUUGCGCUUCCCCCUGGCCAUCUACUUUGGCAUCUUUGGACGCAAGUCCGCCGUCGGUGCCCAUGUCGUCCUCGACGCCGCUCUCAAGAAGGGCGAGGAAUCACACGGUGAAGUCAUUGACUUUGACAAGAUCAGGCCAAAGGGCCCGUUUGCGUAUUCGCCCAAGGCUCAAGAGGUGACGGAGCGUUUGUGGAGAGAAACCAUGCAAGAACUCGCCUUUGCCGAUGUUCAGACCAUUGUCCAGAACCUCAGCGCCAAAUAGCCUCGUGACUGAUAGGACCGUCAGGCUUCUGGUUUGUGUGGAAAAGUUAAGGCACAUGAUAUGUAAUUAUUUACGACGACUGGUUUGCAGAGCUGCAAGCAUGCUGCUUAUAGUUAUGGAGUAGAAAGUUUGCCAACAUUAAUCUUCACUUGAUAUCAAAACUCG